UCUAAGGCCAUAAUCUUAUAGGUACAGAAGCAAAAAUGUUUCCUAAGACUCGGGCUGGCCAAUCAAAUACUUUGGAAAGUUUAGGAAGACUAACGCAAGAACGGGAUCUUCGUUUUACCCCCACACAAACAACGAUAUAUAUGCUCUUUUGGGAACUUUCUUUUAUAAUUUUUAUUUUAUUUUUCUCUUCGAAAAAAAAGAAUUUAAUUUGAUCAGAUAUGAACCUACAAGCCUUGCAGGAAAAGGAGACUAAAGGAAGACAAGAGGAUGGAUCAUCAAAAGUGGUGGUGGAAACAACGGAGCAUCGUUCAUCGGCGGGGAAAGCUUCAGAGCAAAAAAAUAUAGAAGUGGUUCAUCAAUUUCACCCCAAAACUAGCGGUGGUGUUCUUGUCGGAGCUGCAGCCGCGGUCGAAUCGACCCUUGAAUCUGCCAAAGAAGUUAUCUCUCAAAACCUUAAAAAAUAAAAACAUCGGAAUUACUAAUUUCUAGUACUUUACAAUUGUAAAUUAAAAAAAUCUUCUGUAUUCCAAUAAUCAAAACCCCUAAUAUUUUUAGU